AUCUGCUACUAAAAAAGCAUCGAUCAUGUCGCUCCCAUAACAUUAUGGUAUCGAUCUCCAUCCGCCCCUUUGAAUUUCCCGGUUGCCCUUCCCGGCCUGUACGUACUCCCUGAUCAUAUUAACUCCGUCUGGUUGGGGCAGGGCCGGGCCGGUACGUAUGGCGGUGGUGGAGGUGACCGAUACUAAUUUCUUAGCUAGAGCUUGCCUGAUUGAAUGGCUGUACUCCAUAGUUACGUAUACCUUUCCCUUUGCUCCCCUCGACCCACGCAUCUAGUUCCACUAGCUUCACGCGCGUAUAUAAACCUACGGACUUUUGAGUGAUCGGCCAGCCGCGUGGUGCAAACCACAACACACAAUCUGCACCGUACGUCUUCCAUCCUAAUUCCAUUCCCUCCUCACGCCUCUCGCCAGCUCUCCCUCUCCCACAGCUUAAUUCUCGAACCGGAGAUAUAUUGCUUCCGUAGCCGAACCAGAGUUCAGAGCGGAAGAGCCAAGAGCCGGGAUCGAACCAGCGUACGCAUGGGUGCCGCGUUCUUGUCCUCGUGGCCAUGGGAUAACCUUGGCUUGUUCAAGUAUGCCCUGUACGGGCCUCUGGUGGGCAAGGCCGUGGCGUCCCGGGCGUGGGAGCGCGGGAGCCCGGACCAGUGGCUCCUCCUCCUGCUCGUCCUCUUCACCCUCCGGGCAUUCACCUACCAGCUCUGGAGCUCCUACAGCAACAUGCUGUUCCUCACCCGCCGCCGCCGCAUCGUCCGCGACGGCGUCGACUUCGCGCAGAUCGACAAGGAGUGGGACUGGGACAACUUCCUGAUACUGCAGAUACUGAUGGCGGCCACGGCGUUCUACGCCUUCCCGUCGCUGCGGGACCUCCCGCUCUGGGACGCCAAGGGGCUCCUCGUCGGCGCCCUCCUCCACGUUGUCGCCACCGAGCCCCUGUUCUACGUGGCGCACAGGGCCUUCCACAGCGGCCACCUCUUCUCCUGCUACCACGCGCUCCACCACUCCAUCAAGGUGCCCACGCCCUUCACAGCCGGGUUCGCGACGCCGCUGGAGCACAUGGUGCUGGGCGCGCUCAUGGCGUUGCCGCUCGCGGGCGCGUGCGCCGCGGGGCACGGCUCGGUGGGCCUGGCGUUCGCCUACGUGCUGGGCUUCGACUUCCUCAGGGCCAUGGGCCACUGCAACGUCGAGCUGUUCCCCGCCGGCAUAUUCCAGGCGCUCCCGCUCCUCCGAUACCUCAUCUACACCCCAACGUACCACACGGUCCACCACACGGAGAAGGAUGCCAACUUCUGCCUGUUCAUGCCGCUGUUCGACCGCCUGGGUGGCACGCUCGACGCCAACACCUGGGAGCUGCAGAGGAAGACCAGAGCAGGGGUGGACGAGGUGCCGGACUUCGUUUUCCUGGCGCACGUGGUGGACGUGAUGCAGUCGAUGCACGUGCCGUUCGUGAUGCGCACCUUCUCGUCGACGCCGUUCGCGGUGCGGGCCUUCCUCGUGCCGCUGUGGCCCAUAGCCUUCGUCUUCAUGCUCAUGGUGUGGGCCUGGUCCAAGACAUUCGUCAUCUCCUACUACCACCUCCGCGGCAAGCUGCACCAGAUGUGGGCCGUCCCGAGAUACGGCUUCCACUACUUCUUGCCUUUCGCCAAGGACGGCAUCAACUAUCAGAUCGAGCUUGCCAUUCUGAGGGCUGAAAGAAUGGGUGUCAAGGUCGUUAGCCUUGCAGCUCUGAACAAGAACGAGGCGCUCAACGGCGGUGGAACGCUCUUCGUGAACAAGCAUCCGGACCUCCGCGUGCGCGUCGUCCACGGCAACACCCUGACAGCCGCGGUGAUCCUCAACGAGAUCCCCAAGGGCACAACCGAGGUGUUCAUGACGGGCGCCACGUCCAAGCUCGGCAGGGCCAUCGCGCUCUACCUGUGCCGGAAGAAAAUCCGCGUCAUGAUGAUGACGCUGUCGACGGAGCGGUUCCAGAAGAUCCAGAAGGAGGCGGCGGCGGAGCACCAGCAGUACCUGGUGCAGGUGACCAAGUACCGGUCGGCGGGGCAGUGCAAGACGUGGAUCGUGGGGAAAUGGCUGUCGCCGCGGGAGCAGCGCUGGGCGCCGCCCGGGACGCACUUCCACCAAUUCGUGGUGCCCCCGAUCCUGGGCUUCCGCAGGGACUGCACCUACGGCAAGCUCGCGGCCAUGCGGCUCCCCAAGGACGCCAGGGGCCUCGGCUCCUGCGAGUUCUCCCUGGAGCGCGGGGUGGUGCACGCCUGCCACGCGGGCGGCGUCGUGCACUUCCUCGAAGGCUACACGCACCACGAGGUGGGCGCCAUCGACGUCGGCCGCAUCGACGUCGUCUGGGAGGCGGCGCUCAAGCACGGCCUUCGCCCCGCCUGAAUGCCUGAUCGAUCGAUCUCCCCUUCGUCCAACCAGGGCCCAAAAUAGGCCCAACACGUACCCAAGAUCUUCGUUACUAGGCCGGAUUUUUUUUUCUCGACAUAUGUUACAACUCGAUCGUGUACGUGUGACAUGUGGUGGUUCCUAAUUAAACGAUUCGAUUUACUGCUGUGCUGUUUUGAGAGGGGGAAAAAAGUGGAUGGAAGUCUAGGAGUUGUACACAUAUUACUACAAUGUACGCAUGGAAAGAGUACGCUACGGGGUUGCAUGGAUAUACAAAUACGAGAGAAAAUACUAUUUGCAUUAUCAUA